AUGUGUGGUUGUGAUUGCGGUGGUUGUGGAGGCAUACCUUUUUGCACAGGCAACUUAUUUGUUAUAGCGGAAAGAGUGAUCUCCUAUGUGGCCCUGACGGCUGUGGUGUGUUGUAUCGUAAUACUAUUCGCUAUUUCAUUGGGCAUUGGAAUUGGUCUUGGUUAUAACUACUGCGUCGUGGACUUGAAGGUUCAGUCGUAUUCUCAAAAGCCCCCAGCGUUGAGAAGUGGCUCAGACGAAAGUGUAGAUGAAAUCCCAAACGACAGUAGACGGCGAUUGGUUAGCUCAAGUACGUCAUCAGCUACGGAUGCAGUUGCAACAGUAACAGUUACAGCACCCGCUGUUGCGGCCGAUAAAUAUACCUUGACCCUGCCCCUGCAUGGCAAUAUGGAUUUCGCAGCACUCCUUGCAAAAUUACGGGCCCGUAACAAAAACAUAACCCUGGAACUUGUAACUUGA